AUGUAUUUGAUUUUGUCAGCGUUAACAAUUUGCUCUAACGCAAUCGCUCCUCAUGUGCUGACGUAAGGACCCUUCACUUAACCCAAAGAAACUCUUCAAUUCAAAUAGCUCUUGGAUCACAGCGACCCAGCCAAUACUCAGACUUGCCAAUAGAGAUACCAUGUGUAUUCCUAAUAUUUUAAUCCCAUUAAAGGUGGAGUUAUCUUAUAUAUUUGUGGAGAAUGGAAUUGCCAAGGUGUAGGUGACAACUCAUUACCCUUCUAAUUGGCUAAGGACUUAGGCGCAAUUGUUAUAGCAUUAGAACACAGAUUCUAUGGGCAGUCUCAACCCUUCGGAGCAGAUUCAUGGAGUUUGAAGAACUUGUCUUAUUCAAAUGUCCAUCAAGCCUUGGAUGAUCCUGCCUAUUUUAUAUUGCAAUUGAAGAGACUUAAACUUCAUAAAUCGAUUGCCUUGAUACAUUAGAUGUCUCUACAUAGGUAUGCAAUCGGAGGCUCAUAUCCAGGAGCUUUGUCAGCUUGGUUCAGAUACAAAUACCCGCAUUUGACAGUCGGUAAUUUGGCUAGCAUUGGAGUCAUCAACACAAUCCUUGACUUUUGGUAAUUCGACGAUCAAAUUAGAAAGAGUACAAGCAAGAGUGGUGAACAGUGCAUAUACACUUAAAAACAUCUAGAUGUCCUCUCUACUUACAGUCGCUGAAUAGUUAUGUCGAUAAGAAUCUCAAGAACUUCAACACCAAAAAGGCAUUCAAGGAAUCUUACAGAUAUAAAAAGAUGACCGACAAUUAAUUCAAAUGGCUCUGGGCUGACACCAUUGUCUAAAUGAUCUAAUCUGGAUAGAGAACCAAGUUCUGCGAAACUCUAGAGUCCUUGCCAUCAAUUGAGCAGAUGGCUGAAUACCUCAGAGAUAUAGCUUUAUCUCGAGGAGGCAGUUAUAAACAAUAUGGUGCUUACUAUUUAAGAAAUGAAACCGUUUACUAGAACACCAUAUUCCGUCAAUGGUAUUUCUAGUGUUGCUCUGAAGUUGCUUAGUUAUAAACAACCCCACAGGUAAUGUCCAAUCGAUGUUUAUAAUAGAAUAAAGAAUCCUUAAGAUCUUAUGAAUUGCAUUAGAUUGGUGGAGAGAAUGGUGCAAUGAUGCUUACUCUCAGGGUGAAGUAAUUUGGCCAGAUGCGAGAGUAACUGAAGCCCAUUUUUGAGGAUUGUAUAUGA